UACGCUUCUUCAGAAAUGUCAGAUAAGAAUUCAUUUCUGGCAAAGUCGCAUAUAAUUCCAGCAGUAGUUUCUAGGCUUCUAUUUUGGCGUAGUUAACUCUUGCUCAAGGACGCAUCCAAAGUCGUUAUCCACGACUCGAUAGUGGUGGAGAAGUGAAAAAACGGUGGAGGUUUGGGUCGGGUCUCGACCCAAACCUCUGUCGCUAUCACUCCUCCGUUACCAUUGUACCGUUUAUAAAAUCGCUCCCUUUCACCGACCAAGCGCCUGGAACAGGCUGAUAGAUGACAUCAUUUCCUCAUCUUAAAUGUUAGUUUUUUACCUCAAAAUGUGGAUCUUACGAUAUGAUAAUCAGACACCCGGUCGAAUUUAAAUUUAACCGUACAUUAAGGAUAGAGAGAACAAAGUAUUCUGUGGGUACAAAUAGGAUUGUUUGUUUUUUUAAAUUAAUCAGCUUGGGCUCUUAGUAUCUAUGUUUUUUUUUUCUGGCAAUAGAAACUCAAUCAUUAUGUUACGGUGUAAGUAAAACUCAGAAAAAUAGAGCCUGGUGCCAGUCUCAUUACUGUAACUGCGACGUGGUUAGAAGCGGUAACAUUAGUAACUCAGAAAAGGAAAAUUGAAAAAGGUUUUUUCCUCAUGAGUCAAGUGUCAUAUCAAUGUUGUUAAUGAUGGAACGUGAGUUGGCACAAAAUGAGAAGUGACAGAAUAUAGAAGGCAAUAUUAAUUUCCCGCGAGAGGCAUAUUUCACAUGACAGCAAGAUGAUUGAAAAAUUAAAAAUUUUUAAUUACCAGUGUUUUUCAAGUGCAAGAUAGUUGUAUCUUCUUUUUAUAUUAGCUGGGAGGGAGAGGUCAAACUACACGAAGCUUUACUACUUAAUACCUUCUGUAUAAUGAUAUACAAGUGUAUAGCAGAUGUUUUUGUAGCUAUUGAGGAGAAUGCACGCUAGAUAAGAUAGAUAGGAACUAUAAUUUUUAGUUACAUUACUAAUUCUUGGUUGGUAACUUUGAUCAGGAUCUGAUAUUCAUAUUUUUCCACUUUGAUGUCGAGUUAUUAUUACUAAAUUGAACACAAUACGGGUUACUACAUUAACUAACCUUUAAAACACAAACAAAUAUGAAAAAUUUUUAAUAGAAUGACCAACAACAGAAGGAAAUUAUCAGUCAAAGUAAGUCAACGUUCAAAUAGUCAAAUUUUCACCAACCCGAAAUAAUAUUGCAUUGCGUUUUAAUUAAAAUGUGAGACGCAAAUGUCACCCACUUUGUUUGGCCUCCAUAAUUUCAAAGACAGUACAAUAAAUAGCACCACUUAAUAUUUGACGAUUCUAUUUCAAGAUACAGCCUCCACUGUCUGAGCAACAUCGAUACACUAUUAAACCUCACCGGAUGAAUAGAAUGUCUCGUCACCUGAAUGUUACCGAGCAGGCCAACUUGACAAACCUGAAGAUGUUGGACAACUCAGGAAAACCUCAAUGGUUUACUGUCCUGGGCUGGCUUCUGACUGCCCUCGCUUUCACAGGCAAUAUCUUCAUCAUCAUUUUAAUUGCUUCGAAAACACGCCUUCAGUGCAUUACCAAUUGGUUUCUUUUGUCUUUGUCCGUGGCAGAUCUUGGAGUAAGCUUGAGUUUAUAUCCUGGUUUAUACUUCUGUUUACCUAACGUUGAGAACGGAUGCCAUCACAUUUUGCUUGCCAUCUUUCAGUGGGUAUUCUUGUACGCAUCUGUGACCAAUCUAUCCGUGUUGGCAUUGGACCGCUACAUGGCGAUAGUCAAACCCUUUGUUUAUGCCAGUUUCAUGUCAAAAAACUGUGUUUUGGCGUUCAUCAGCAUGGCCUGGAUUCUACCGUUCGUGGCCGGUUUUGUACCUUUAACUCUUAUACAAACGAAAGACGGUAUAAGGUACUUUACCUUUGUAGCGGCGAUCGUUUUCGAGCUCAUUCCCUGGGUAAGCUUGCUGCUAACCACGAUACAGUUGCUUUUUAUCGCCAGAAAACAUGUCCGCGAGCGGUCUGCAGUUGUGAAACAGCUACGCUACAAUGACUCCACUACAACAGGAACUGAAAACACGCCGCCCUUGCGCCAAGGAAACAGGGCUCGAAACUCCAUCGCUUUCAUCGUUUUUGUGGUGACAUUUUACAUUCUCUGUUACUCCCUAACUUCUGUUAAGAGCAUGUGUCAGUUUUUGCCGUUUUGUCCAACUCCUUCAAAGAACGUGGAACAGGUGCAACAAUUACUGCUGAUUGCAAACUCUGCGUUCAACCCCCUCGUUUAUGGAUUACUCAAACAGGACAUUAAGCGGGAAAUAAGCAAGCUUGUACACUGUGGUUGCUUCAAAAGACAGCUCUCUUCAUUUCAAAUGGAACAGAGAUGCUGAUAACUUCAGAAAUACAAUGCACAGGCGUAAGCAGAUCUGAAAUUUUCCAAGAAACAAAUCGAAGAGCUUCCUUCUUCAUUCCAACCUCGCCCGAACAUUUCAAAACCUUUCGGACAAAAGAAAAGGAGCUCAAAAUGACGGAACCAUACGGAACUCAAUGUAAAGAACAGAUCAGUCUAAAAAAAUUAAUGAUUUAUUUAUUCUGGUCUAUUUCCCUUUAUUUAUGUAAGUAAUUAUUGUACAGUGGUAAAACUUUCGCCAAUCUUUGAUAAUAACGAAAAAAUAUAUGUAACUGAUUUCAAUCGAUUUUUCCAUCGUAAUUGUAAAUGUUGUAAAAUUGUAGAAGUAUAUUAUAGAAUAUUUAAAUAAUCUUUGAAUACUUAACCUUGUUUGAAAACAUAUCAGUGAAGCCUUUUAGUUUUAACUAGACUUGUCACUCAAGCAGCUUUCCUUAUUUCAUGGUUGGGAAUAUCUGUGUGUGAAGACUGUAGAAUUAAAUGAACUGAAAACAAUGCA